CCGUUUGCCUCCAUAGCAGAGCUUCCACGUUCCCAAAUCCUCCUCAUCAGAGAUGGUGCCUUGGUCUGCCCAAGUUCUCCUGCCCAUUGCUCUGGUGAUUGCAGGCACCAUGGUGGCAGGACUCUUUUGUCCUUGCACUCAGGGAUGCUGUGCCAAUGCCUGGUUUCAAUACAAAGAUGCUUGUUACCUACCAGUCACAGGCGAAACUCACGACUGGAGUACAGUUAAGGAGAACUGUGAAAGAUUCGGUACCCAUCUAGCCUCUGUUCAUAGCGACGAUGAGCAACGCUUCAUCUUUCACUUGAUGGGGCAACGAACGCGUUACUGGAUUGGCGCAGAGGGAACUGAUGUGUAG